AUGGGAAAUCAGACCAUUUUGAAGGAUCUAAUUCUCUCCGGAUUAUCUGACCUCCCGACUCUACAGCUCCCUUUGUUUCUCUUCUUCCUCCUCAUCUACCUUCUGACAUUAAUCUGGAAUUCUCUGAUCAUUGUCCUCAUAGUCACCGAAUCUCACCUCCAUGUUCCUAUGUAUUUCUUCCUUGGGAACAUGGGCGGUUUGGACCUCUGUUGUUCUUCAUUAACCGUCCCACGGAUGUUAUUUGACCUUCACACCGAGACAAGAAAAAUUACUAUAUCAGCUUGUAUAACCCAAGUCUUCUUCUUCACUUUCUGUACUACUUCUGAGGUUUCUCUGUUGGCUGUCAUGUCCUAUGACCGAUUUUCUGCCAUUUGUCAGCCGUUACAUUACACACAGAUCAUGAGCUGGAAAGUGUGUGGUCAGUUGAUGACCAUCGUGGGGUGUCUCAGUUUUACCAACUCUUUAGUUCACACACUUUAUACCUGCAAUUUAACAUUUUGUGGAUCAGAUAUUAUAGAAAGUUUCUUCUGUGACCUUCCUCAGUUGCUUCAGAUUUCCUGCAGUGACAUCUCCAUCAACGUUCUUCUCCUCUUUAUCUUUGGUGGCUCCAUUACUAUCGGGUGUCUGACGCUGACCUUCCUGUCCUAUGUCUAUAUAUUCAAAACCGUCCUAAAAAUGAAAGUUGGGGGCGGUAGACGUAAAGUAUUCUCUACAUGUACCCCUCAUCUCACUGUGAUGUUUAUAUUUUAUGGCUCCGUAUUUUUUAAUUAUUUUCAGCUAAAUGAAAGUCAUCGGUUUGCCGGUAACAAAGGGGUCUCUGUGUUUUACACGGUGAUCCUUCCACUCCUCAACCCUCUGAUUUACAGUCUGAGGAACCAGGAUAUCAGAAAAGCGUCCCGAGAUGUUUUAAAGAAGAUCCUCCCCAACGCAGUAUAG